UUUUUUUAAUUUUUAAACACACUUGUCAAACAAUUUGUUUAGGAGUGCGGCUUAGCCGAAUUUCUUCAAGUUUCUCGUAAUUUACCGAGAAUUUCACGUUUUAAACAAGUGUAAAACAUGGCUUCUCUAGCAGCAGCGCAAGUGCAGGAAGUGCGCUCCAUAACGCGCAUAGAGCGUAUAGGGGCACACUCGCAUAUCCGAGGAUUGGGUCUGGAUGAUUCUCUGGAGCCCCGCGCCGUGUCACAGGGCAUGGUGGGCCAAAAGACCGCAAGGAAGGCUGCGGGCGUCGUGCUUCAGAUGAUUCGAGAAGGCAAAAUAGCCGGACGAGCUGUGCUAUUGGCUGGACAGCCUGGCACUGGCAAGACAGCCAUCGCCAUGGGCCUGGCGCAGGCGCUGGGGCCUGAUACACCCUUCACAAGCAUGGCAGGAUCUGAGAUCUAUUCCCUAGAAAUGAGCAAAACAGAAGCUCUGACACAAGCCAUCAGGAAGUCUAUUGGCAUCAGAAUCAAGGAGGAGUCAGAAAUCAUCGAAGGUGAAGUGGUGGAGGUGGUGGUGGACCGCUCGGCCGGCGGCGCGGCUCGCGUCGGGCGCCUCACGCUCAAGACCACGGACAUGGAGACCAACUACGACAUGGGCGCCAAGAUGAUCGACUCCAUGCUAAAAGAGAAGGUACAAGCGGGAGACGUGAUCACCAUAGAUAAGGCUACGGGCAAGAUCAACAAGCUCGGACGCAGCUUCGCACGCGCCAGAGACUACGAUGCCACAGGCCAGCAAGCGCGUUUCGUGCAGUGCCCGGAAGGCGAGCUGCAGAAACGCAAGGAAGUUGUCCACACGGUGACCUUACACGAGGUUGACGUCAUCAACUCCCGCACUCACGGAUUCCUCGCACUUUUCUCCGGCGACACCGGCGAGAUCAAAUCUGAGAUUCGCGAGCAGAUCAACAGCAAAGUGGCAGAAUGGCGCGAGGAGGGCAAGGCGGAGAUGAUACCCGGAGUCCUCUUCAUUGACGAGGCCCACAUGUUGGACAUCGAGUGCUUCUCGUUCCUAAACCGCGCCCUGGAGUCCGAAACAGCGCCCGUCGUCAUAAUGGCGACCAACCGCGGGAUCACCCGCAUCCGGGGCACCACUUACAAGAGCCCCCAUGGAAUACCGCUCGACCUGCUUGACAGGGCCAUCAUAGUGCCUACGCAGCCCUACGACCACAAAGAUCUGAAGGAGAUCCUUAACAUCAGAUGCGAAGAAGAAGACUGUCAAAUGUCAAGCGACGCUCUGACAGUGCUAGCUCGCCUCGCCACCGAGACUUCUCUCCGAUACGCCAUACAGCUCAUCACCACGGCUUCGCUGGUCGCUAAAAGAAGGAAGGCUACUGAGGUGAGCAUGGAAGAUGUGAUGAAGGUGUACUCCCUCUUCCUGGACGAGCACCGCUCGGAGCAGUUCCUCAAGGAGUACCAGGAUGAGUUCAUGUUCGAUGACGGAUCUGGUGAUGGCCCACAGCAAGCAAUGGAGGUAUCUCAGUGAAAUAGAAUUGCGACCAAAUAUUUUAAUAUGACGAUAUAGGGCAGCCAAUGUGCUAGUUUAUGUUAAUGAUUUCCCAUCUUUUAAACAAAAAGUAACAUGAUAACAUAAUAACAUUUAAUUUUUAGCACUAACGGGACGGGCCUUACGGGCACUAAAAAUGGUACUAGUUCAGCGGUGUCACUCACGAAUUCCAGCCAAUCGUGCAGUCUAACGCAACUAGUUGCGACCAAUAGCGCGCGUGAUGCGAACUCAUCAACCAAAUGCGUUGUAGCGGUGUCACACCGCUGUACUGGCCACUGUCAUGCCUCAUUAUUAUUCCCCGUAAAGCCAGUUCCAGAUAUUUAUGUCAAUGAUUUUUAGAUUUUGCAAACAUCAUCAAACGCAUUAUAUUUUUUGGAAGUCCAAAAAAUUCCUUAUUUCACCGAAGCUCUGUAUUGCCUUGUCCACGGUAAGAGUAAUGCGUGACACUAUUAUAUUGCGUGUACGUUUUAUUCAUCAUGCAAAUUCGCUGGCCCAAUAUUACAGGGUUCUAUGUUACAUUUUCAAGAUAGUUGAAAUUCGACUUAAUGUAAUUAUGACAAUGUUCAAAUUGCAAUUCGAUAAAAGUGAAACAUAGAACCCUGUAAUAUUGGGCCAGCGAAUUGUUAAGCUCUAGACAUAUUGUGACUUUAAUUGCAUCAUUGAUAGAACAAUGCAAUUAUCGUGAUUCGCGUUACUUUUUUUGGAGCUACCUAUACUCUGUAUCUUUAGGUAUUUAAAUAAAAGUAAACAAAUAAUUUGUAAAUUUUCGGGUAGUUAUAACAUUUAUUGGUUAACCAACCAAAUAUAAAACCGCCUGGAUCAGUCACUGAACGACCUGACUUUAACCUACAUUAUUUGAUCGUGUAAUGUUUUCAUCUUCCCCCAACUGGCUUAAGGAGCCAUUUGAGGGUAGAUUUUUUUUACUUUUAUUUAAAUACCUAAAGAUACAGAGCAUAGACUUUUGCAGAUUAUUCUUGUCAGAGGACAACUACUGAGUACGAUUUUUUUUUUUUAGUUCCCAAGAAGUUUGGUUUAAGUUAGAUUUAAGUUAUUAUUAACGCCAUAUUUUUAAUAAAUGGUAAA